AUGGGCCGCGUACUGGCGACCCUCAAGGCGGUGGCGACGCGCGCCGUGUUCGGCGGCCACGGGCUGCUCGCCAUCUGGCAGGUGACCGUCUUCAAGCGCGACCCCCGCUUCUGGUACCUCUGCGCGCCCAUCAUCAUGCUUGCCUUCGAGGGCGUCUUCACACUCACCAUCAAAGAGUCGCAGGAGUGGAAGUGGUUCUGCCCGUCGGUGUUCCUGUACCUGGCGGGCACUGUGCCCUCCAUCUGGCUGCUCGAGCUACACAGGAUGGCCCGAAGGCAACAGGCACCGGCACUCAACAUCAGCGCCAUCACCGUCGGGGACCUGGACAAACUGUUUGGGGACGCGGACCUGUGGGUGACGCUGAUCGAGCAGUGCCUGAUGCUGGCGCUCAUCCUGGGCCGCUGGAUGCUGCCGAAGGGUGACCUGACGAGGGACCAGCUCUCCCAGCUGCUGCUCGUCUACAUCGGCACCGCCGCCGACAUCAUAGAGUUCUUCGACUCCUUCAAGGACGAGGCGAUCAGCCGCGACCCGGUGCUGGUGCUGCUGACGCUGGCCAUCUGGUCGUGGAGCCUGCUGCAGUUCACCGUGGUGCUCACCGCCACCAAGUCGCGCAAGUCCAGGCUCGCCACCACCGUCACCGCAGCCCCACCGUCUCCGGAUCUCAGGGGCGGCUGCUGCUCGGUGGACGUGUGGGGCAUCGCGCUCAACAUGCUGCUGCAGGACGCGCCCUUCCUCGUCUUCCGGCUGCUGCUCAUCCUGCACUACCGCAUCAUCUCCUACAUGAACGUCUUCUUCACCUGCAAGAACACGCUCGUCAUCCUCCUGCAGCUCUACCGCCUUUACGUUGUACGCGCCGAAGCGGCCGCUGCUGCCAAGGCAGCCCGUCGGGCGCGCUUGAGGGCUGCGCUAGCCAGGAAGGUCCUGCGAGAGGAUGGAGAGUCGGCCUCCAGCGACGAGUCGACCGCCUCCAGCACCACCAACAGCAGCAGCAGCAGCGGGGGUGGCAGUGACGUGGAGGCGGGGGGCGUGGCCCCGUCUGUCUGUGCCGGGCGCCGCAGCAGCCAAGUCGCAGUCGUAGACGCCGCAAGUAGCUCGGCUACAGUUUGUACCGGCCGGCGCACCAGGGCCCCCUCCAGGCGGCACCGGCUGGCGCUGUGCGCGCUCGCGCUGCUCUACGCCGCCGUGCUGGCUGUCUGCAUGGCGCUCGUGCACGCCGCCGUCUCUCCGGACGGACUCUUACUGCUCUCCUACACCAGGCUCAGGCCGGCAGCCUGA